CCCGUUUUGACGUCAGCAGCCCGCAAUUGAGCGACAGAAAGCGAGGAAGGACCGAGCCCCUCUCCGCCGGAGCUGUUACCGGGAGGCAGUAGCGUCACACGCCGAGAGAGCGAGUCCCAGCCGCCGCCGCCGCCGCCCCGGAGAGAGAGACAGCGAGGAGCCGAGGGAAGGUCCGCCGUGAGCCGCCGCGAGAACCGAGCGAUGCCCGCGCUGCUCACCGACGCCCAGUGACACACGCACACACACACACGAGUACCCGUCGACGAGCGGAGAGAGAGAGAGAGAGAGAGCGAGAGAGAGGAAGAGAACCGUGAUUUUUUUUUGUUUUAAAAGAAAAAGCUGAACACACGCGCGCGCACACGGGGACGAACAGACGCGAACGCACGCCGCUCAGCUCCGGAGGCUCCACCGCGUCGCGCCCCGCGGACCAACCCGAGCGGACCGUUGGGUUCCUUUCAAUGCUUUAACGGCGCCGUGUCUCCCCCGCACACCCCCGGUUCGAGUAAGCGAGAGCCACACGGGAGGAAACUAACCGAGCUGCCAGAAGAAGAAGAAGAAGACAUUUUUUUGGGGGGGCUUGUUUUGGGCUUGUUUUAAAUUUUGUAAUCUGCUCCGUGGAUCCUGGUUCCCGGUACCGCCAUCAAGCUGUGUUCUCUAACCAUGGGAUGUACUCUGAGCGCGGAGGAGCGGGCGGCUCUGGACCGGAGCAAAGCCAUCGAGAAGAACCUGAAGGAGGACGGGGUCACCGCGGCCAAGGAUGUCAAGCUGCUGCUGCUGGGGGCUGGAGAGUCAGGGAAAAGCACCAUCGUCAAACAGAUGAAGAUCAUCCACGAGGACGGCUUCUCUGGUGAUGACGUUAAGCAGUACAAGCCUGUCGUUUACAGCAACACCAUCCAAUCCCUGGCUGCCAUCGUCCGUGCCAUGGACACACUGGGGCUGGAGUACGGAGACAAAGAACGCAAGGCGGACGCUAAGAUGGUGUGUGACGUCGUCAGUCGUAUGGAAGACACGGAGCCUUACUCUGCUGAGCUGCUCUCCGCCAUGAUUCGUCUGUGGUCCGACUCCGGUAUCCAGGAGUGCUUCAGCCGCGCCCGAGAGUACCAGCUCAACGAUUCAGCGCAGUACUACCUAGACAGCCUAGAUCGGAUUGGUGCGCCAGACUACCAGCCGACAGAGCAGGACAUCCUGAGGACCCGAGUGAAGACCACAGGCAUCGUCGAGACACACUUUACCUUCAAAAACCUCCACUUCAGGCUGUUUGAUGUGGGAGGUCAGAGGUCAGAGAGGAAGAAGUGGAUCCACUGUUUUGAGGAUGUCACAGCUAUCAUUUUCUGUGUGGCGCUCAGCGGCUACGACCAGGUGCUGCAUGAGGACGAGACCACGAACCGCAUGCAUGAGUCUCUGAAGCUGUUUGAUUCCAUCUGUAACAACAAGUGGUUUAACGACACGUCCAUCAUCCUCUUCCUGAACAAGAAGGACAUCUUUGAAAGCAAGAUCACCAAGUCGCCACUGUCCAUCUGCUUCCCUGAAUACAGUGGACCUGACACUUACUUGGAGGGAAUAGCCCACAUCAAGUCUCAGUACGAGAGCAAGAACAAGUCCACCAGCAAAGACGUCUACUCCCACGUGACCUGCGCCACCGACACCAACAACAUCCAGUUUGUCUUUGACGCUGUCACUGAUGUCAUCAUAGCCACUAACCUGCGGGGCUGUGGCCUUUACUGAGGAUGCUGUUAAAUGUUAGUCACAGGGUGUUGGACGAGUAUUUACCCGUGUAGGUGUCACAAGGGUAAAUACUUGUGCUGCCUAUGUGGUAUAGAUCAUAUGGUUAUGUGGCCUCAGUCAGUGAUGCUAUCAUGUGACAGGAAGUCAAAUAUGGGGGUUUUAUCGUACAACUUAAACACAAGGCUUUGCUUCAGCUUGACUCUUAAUUAUUGAUUCGACUGGUUGGUUGAGACUUCUUUUAAUCUAGUGGUCUUUUUUUUUUUUGAUUCCUUGUGUCGGCUCCCAAAGAGGAACCGGCAGCAGCAUCCAGGAACACUGUUCUUUGUGUGUUCGUGUGCCUAAAUGCCAAAUGUGUAGCUCGUGUGCUGCAGCAAUCUUACACAACACCUACAGUAAACUCUUGAGGGACACAAGGUUCCUGAGAUGAAUUUGUACAUACACAAACGUGCCUUAUUCAUAGAAGUGGACUGAAUGCAGUUCAAGUGCCUCCCUCUUAGAGUUAUCCUCGAAAAUGAUAAAGUGGGAAUCACUCUUCUCCUAGCCUGAAGUAUUUCUAAUCUUUUUUUUAUUAAGCUUGAAGUUAUAUACACCACAGACACGUGCCUUAGUCCCAUGAAAGUCUGAUUUAAAACUGCUUCAAACUAUGUCGUGCGGUGAGUCCCAUUCAAAGUCAAACUGAUCCCCAGUUUAGUUCAGAAAGAACUUAGAACUUGAUUGUGCCCAGCAAACCAAGAACACUUUCAGAUGCUUCGUCAUCUCAAACUUCAUUUCAUGGGACAUCCUGCUGGCCUCGUGGUUUUAGAUCAUAUGUUAUCACUGCAAAGUCCCCAUUUUGAUUCCUUUGCCUUUUAUUCCCCUCUUGCUCUCUCUCUCUCUCUUCCUGUGUUUCUGGAAAACGUGGACUUGUGCCAUGUUGUGAUAUUUGAUAUUUAUUCUGAGGAAGAUCCUGCUCGGUUGUGUAAGACUGUUGCACUUCGCCUUCGCCCUUUAAACCAAGGAACUUCACCUGAAUACCUACGUGCAAACAUGAAUAUAAAAGACAUUAUGAACUCAAUUAUAAUGGAUAAAUACAGAUAAGACAGACAAGUUGUUAAUGGACAUAUUUCAGAAUUCUUACGGUAACAGUUCAGUUUACACAAUUAUUUAUCUGCUUUCUAGAAACUACCCAGAGUUUAUACAGUAGAAAUGAAUAGUGUUACUUCCAGUCAGUGUUUUAAUCCAGAGCCCAUUAGGUUGAACUGUGGAUGCAUUUCACUGUGAGUGACAUUAUGCUUUUGAUUGAACUUAGAAAACCCAAAUGGACAUGUUCUCGUUGUUUUGUUGUUGUUGUUGUUUUUUUUACAUAUCUUCAAUUUAUUGUUUGCGAGGAAGUUGCUAUUCGUGUGAGGAGGAGGAGGAGGAGGAGGCUGCCGUCAUCCUUCAUCACCUCUGGUCAUAUUUUAGGAUUGACUCUCCAGCCUCUCAUUUUGCAGCAUGCAUGGAUCCACUAUAAAUAUCACUUUUUACGAAGAAGUACCAGAGCCAGUGUGCUGACUCAACCAGACAACUCCCAGAUAUUGCUUCAAUGGAAGCAUUGAUUUUUCGAGGUCCCCAGGGCCAGAUCCAUUGCGUCGGGCUGCACAGUGUAACAUCCCUCUUGUCCACCACGCCGCCCUAAUAAGUCAGCAGUGAGCUUUGAAAGAUGGUGCUGGUGAGCACAUGCAGUCCUGUGGGAUCCGAAUGUCAAGCUUGUGACUGUAGUUUGAGCCGUGAUGUUUCACAGGUUUUGCUGAAUGAGUUUCAUUUCUGGUGGCGGCCAGAGCUGCCGUAGGAUUGAGGUCUGAUGUAGCGCCCAGCUUAGGUGAAAUGGAAAUUGACGGGUGUUAUUUUUAGGGACGGUUUGAAUUUUGAGCCUUGGUGUUAAAGCCAGAGAGAUGCACCUCGAAAACAUAAUCGGCUCCUCCCUCCUCUCUGUUCUCAGCAGAAGUUUACAGCGUCACAUAUUAACUGAGCUCGGUUUUCUUUAUUUAUGAGCAAAGGCAUUUAUUCCACUCUUCCCUCCAAACUCUGAACAGCGAGAUCGUGUCACCUCCCUCCGCUCGGGGCUGCCAUCUUUUCUCUAAUCAGGUAGAUGAUGUCAUCAGCUCUCCCUCACACAUCUGUGCCAACGUUUUCUAACUAGAUACAGAGAGCUACCUAAGGCAACAUCCUGUGUGUGUGUGUGUGUGUGAGUGUGUGUGUGUGUGUGUGUGUGUGUCUGUUGAUUUUAGGAAAGGUACGUGUGCGUGCGUUUAUGCUCAUGAACAUGUGUUGUGUAAGAGACAACAUCAGCCCAUGGGUGUUGCGCUGGAGUCAGUAUCUGUGGAUUAAUUACCCAGAAGGCACCUGUCUACCCUUUACACACACACACACACAAACACACACACGUGCACACGCAGGCACUGAAGACACAAACACACCCUUGGGACUCUCCAAAUGUCACAACACCUUACUUGGCAGCACCAGAUAAUACCACCGCACUCAGCCAAGGAGCCUCAGAUGUUUCUAGGUUCUUUUGCCAAACAAGACGUCUGCUGCCGCUUGUGCUGUGUGUUUAGUUUAUCAUCAUCAUCUCCUCUGUCUCAUUACAUCCACUACGUGUAAAAUGAUCUUCCUGCUGUUGCUGUUUGAUUGUUGAUGUCAGGACGACAGGGUGUGAAAUAUGCAUAAAGUGUUUGGCCUGACAUUAAUGCAGAAAAGAUGAAAGCAGUUUCGAGUACUUCACUUUUCACUUCUCACUCCUGUCAGUGGUUUAGAAGCUUCUCUCCUGUUUUAAUUUUCUUUGUCACUUGCAUAGAUUUCAAACAAACAUUUCACAUGUUUCAACGAGCGUCUGUGAAUUGUUUCAAAUUGGUAAUUGUACUUUAGUAGCGCAGUAUAAUUACAUGAUUCAGGAUUUGUUGUUGCCUCACGUGUUGGAGGCGAAGAUGCUCGUGGAGACGUUUCUGUUGUAAUUAAAUCAAGACGCUUCAUGCCUGAGAGCCUAAAGGGCAGGCAGCAGUAGACACAAGCUGUGGAACAACAGGGCUGGUGAAAUUUCCAUCCACACCAACUUAGCAGGCUCCUGUUCACAUUUAGGUGAUUUAUUUGCCCUCAGGGUGGAAACAGCCGCUUGCUGCCCGAGCGCUCGGCUUCUUUCUUGCCUGUGUCGACCUCAGAAAGUGCACAGGUCGAGGUGAUUCUGCAGCCGUUAUUCUGCUGUACAGAUUCUUCCGUGGUUUACUCAUUCAUUCAGAGUAAUAUCAGAUGUGUUUAAAGUAAGAAUACCCUUCAAUUCAAAAUAUGUAAGAUCACAAAUAAUAUUUCCACUUGAGCAAGGACCUAAACGGCAGUAACUGUGUUAUUUCAAUCAAUUGCUACAAGUUCCAUUCGGUAAAAAUCAGUUCUGUCUCCAUCCUUUCAGCAAGACUUUUUCUCCAUUUCACUUUAUACAGCGUUGCCGUCACCUUGAAGACAUUUAAAGUGCGGUUUUCAGGCAUUUCAACACAAAGUGAGCAUAAUGUGAUUUUCUUACCGUUGACAAAAAGUCAUUAACAUUAUGUAAAAAUCCAGUCUCUCAAUUGUAGAUUGAAUUUCCGGUGUGGACUGCAUCACAUCUAGAGAACAAUGUUAUCACAGCACAGACACGGUGGUGAUGUUGCCUAACUCAUUUUAACGAACACAUUAAAGGCCCAGUCUCCUUAGAAAGUGGUUCGGCGUAAUUGAUCUGCAUCAUUCUCAAAGAUGUGGCUCAGGAAAGAGAUUUAUUGACUGUUUGGUUAACUACACAUUGACCAGGGAAGAGCAUCCAUCCAAUAACACGUCAUCAAGGGGGCAAACAAUCAGCACUUAAAUCGAGCCGGCUUUCUUAUUGCGAGCUACCAAUUGUGAGUUUGGUCUCCAACAAAACAGGUAAAGUUAUAAUAGACGAUGUAUUCGCCGCCAAGGCCCAAGCGUCCCCUUAAAUUCAGUCGAGCUGCACCAAACUGUGUUAAAACAUAACCUCCUUGGUGAAGCUACGAUAGCUUCCUCCAUUUUGGCUCUGCAAGGUCAGCAGUGGCAGGGCGGCGUGCUGUUGGUCAAUAAGGUAAAGUUGCACGUCGCAGUUCAACAAGUUUUAUUUUAGACAAAACCUCUACUAGGUCUACUAACUAUGGCAGAUCCAUUGGAUUGGAUUAGUUUUGCAGCAGAGUUUUUGCUUCAACACAUAGAAACUGUCACUUGUGAAGUGAUACGUGCAAAAACCUUCCCUCCACAAUUAACAGUAACAAUGAAAUGGACUGAAACCAAUUUUUAAAAAGUUUAUAGGUAGGACUCAAGCACAGAGAAGCGAGUGAAAUGUCCUGCUCUGUUUGAGCUUCAUCCAACUGAGCUCAGUGAUACAAAUUAAGACGAGUGAGGUUUGAACCUUCAUACGCUAAACAUGUCUCAUCUCACAUGUGAUCCUCUGAUCUUCUUUGAGUCUUUGUUUCUUAAAAGGAAACGUCCUCACUUUCCCUCCCUGACCCGCUCUGCUCUCCUCCGUCUGCAACACUGACGCUCCAAAGCUAUUAGUGGUUUAUAGGGUGAAGACAGGAUUGAUGCUUCCACAGUGUGUGUGUGUGUGUGUGUGUGUGUGCGUGUGUGCGUGUGCUUUUCACAACCCGUCCCUGCUCCUGAUGAAUGACGAAUAAACCCCCAAACAACCAGUGGGAAAUCACAUCAACAGGCGAGGCCAAGACGAUAGUGGGUAAUGUAGUUUAUGUCUUGCUUCGGCCCCAUCAAGAAAUCAUGGUUUUCCCAUAUGAAAGGAGAGAUUUGUGGGUAAUGUAGUCUGAGGCCAUGCUACAGAGGGUUUAUGGGCAACACAGUUUUUUUUCCCAGUGGCUGCCUGUGGUGUGGAUGAUAAACCCACAGGUCCUUUCAGGUAACACAGGUCUUGUGAUGUUUGUCUGGGCUGCAGCUGCUGUUCCAGAAGAGACGCCUGCACCUGCUAGCUAUUAAAAAUAAGUUGUGGAAAUGUCACAACAGCCCAAUGAAGAACUGCUCAGACUGAAUAGUUUCAUUUUCCCAUAUUGAUUUAAACAAGCUCCUGUCGUGUUUUUUUUUUCUCUGCUGCCGUAUUUAUGCUUUCAAAUUUAGAGAUAAGAGUUUCGCCUGCAAAUACUUUUGAGUCGUCUUUAUAAUGUGUUUAGUUCUGAAGCCAACAGAUGAAACGAGCACUUAAAGACUCAGCAAAGACUCAGCUCUCCUGCUGGAGGUCAGAACGCCCCGGGCGGCACCCGUCCAUAACGAGCCUGGGUAGAAUUAAAGAGGCAGAGUCUGAACUGGUAGAUGUCUCUCACACUCGUGCUCUCACCGCUGCAGCUCUUUUUAGCUUCUCAACGCUGUUUAUCUCAUCCGUCCGAAAACCAAACAACACCUGUCUAUACUGUACAGAUCACCUGAAGCAAAAUGUGUUUAUUUGUAUGUGUCCGAGCAAGUGCUGUAUUUUACUGAGCACUGUGAGUUGAAAUGUGUCUGCUGUAACUCCGUCACUGCUGUGAUAAUUUAUUGAACGUUGUAUUUAUACGUAAAAUAAACGAUAAUAAAGGACCACGUGAAUAAC